GAAGCUCACCUAAUCAGUGUGUCUUGCGUCAGAAGAGGAAAGAAGAUUCUCACUCACCGAUAGCCACCGGUCGGCAGAGCGUCUACUAGAACACACCACACACAACGAGGGGUGGGGAAGGUGUCGUCAUUUGGUCCCGACAAGGAGGUCAUGGAAACCACUGUACACCUUGUACAAGAGUCCAAAGGGACACGUUCAUACGAGACUAAAGAGUGGGAAUUUCAUGUCAUUGACGUGGACAACUCGGGGAAGAGGAAGAUCCUUGCCUCCACUGCCAUAAACAUGGUUCGCUACGCCUCACCAUGCCCUACGACCACGACAUACAGCUCCAACUGAAACCGGUGUCUCGCAAGAUAAAGAGAGUCAUCCUGGACAUAACACUCUGCUCAGUGCUCCUCAAGGAAGGGAAAGCCACAGAUGACGAUAUGUUGAGUAUAGCCAGUAUGAUGAGCGUCUCCAACCUCUCCAUGAUUGGGAACCUUGAGGAUGAAGAUGACGACAACUUUGCCUGGCAUGGUGGUCGGUCCAUCACUCCACCUCUGAUGCUGGAGUCAAUUCUGUCACCGGAAGAAUUACUCAAGUGGACCCAGGGCGUGACGACUGGCUACAGGGGAGUCAAGGUUACCAACAUGACGACGUCGUGGAGAACAGGAAUGGGGUUCCUAGCCAUCUUCCACUACUACCGCCCAGACCUCAUAGACAUUGAGGCAGUUUCACCCAACGCCAUCAAGGAGAACAAUAAGCUGGCGUUUGAGCUGGCCCAUGUCCUGGGUAUCUCGUGUCCUCUGACCCCCAGUGCCAUGAUAUCUGCCACGGUUCCCGACAAGCUGCUCGUCUCUUCUCUUCGGUUCAACAUGCACCAGUACUUCACCAGAGCCCUUCCUUCUGCCAUCGCCAAAGAUAGCACUGAGAAUGGUAGUGCAAGUGGGAGCCCCAACUCCGAAGACAAGCCUUCUUCACCGUUUGACAUCUCAAAGAUCCACAAAGUGUUUGACGAUCCCAACAUUUACAGCAACCUCUCGCCCGUCACGUCCCCCUCCCACUCGGUAGAGGUGAGCAAAUACUCUCGUCACAGCUCACGGCGGAACAGCGAGGAGCAGGAGGGCGGGGGUCGGACCAUCCGCGUGUCUGGUGACCACGGGGUUAAAACUCACUCGAGCGGUUCGUCUCUUGUCUUGGGGAACACGGGGGAUGGUAGUGGAGCUGACCCGACAACGCAGAGUAACCUGGGACAAGUAGGAGAUAAUCCGGGACAAGGAGGAGGUAACACGGGACAAGGAGGAGGUAAUGCGGGACAAGGAGGAGGUAAUCCAGGACAAGGAGGAGGUAAUGUGGGACAAGGAGGAAAUAAUCUUGGACAAGGAAGGACAAAUGCGGGACAAGGUUUUGGAGUUGGUGUGAAUGAAGCAGGGAUAGCGUUGGACCAACUAGUGAUUGCAUCAGCCAAUCCAUCACGAACUGGGGUACCAUCCAUCAGUGUGUCUGAAAGAUCUAAUGACUCUAGUGGGGACCGGAAUGAUGGAGGAGGGAGAGAGGGGGAGAGGAGAGAGGGGGAGAAGAGGGAGGCGAGGAAGAGCACAGAGGAAGACAGACUCCUGGAGUUUGAAGGUGAUAGUGAGAGCGAACCUCGGACCAGCAGCUCUGUGUCCCUGGAUCAGAGUCAAAGUCAGACCUCUCUGACAACACCAGCCCAACCUCUGGAUUCUCUGACGGGGAAAGAUGGCUCCCAGUCUGCUGUUUAUGUCACACAAGUGACAGCAGGAGUGGGAGAAAGAGAGGGAGGGAAGGGUGUGGAAGAGUUAGAGGCUGGUUCGGCCGGUAAGGAGGAGGGAAAGAGGAAGAUGGAGGGCCAGAGGGGGCAGUUGGAAGGGGUGGGGAGAGAGGAGAUGGGUACAGUGGAUGAGACGGCCAGGACAAGGUCAGAUUCGGGUUCCAAGCCACACAGGAGGCUGCCUGCUUUACCGACUGGCUCUCCGGAAGUGACGACCAAGGAUGAAGAGAGGCGUCAGAUGGCUAAAGAGCUGCUGAGAAAACACAGAAUCAGUCCAGCCUCUGCAGACUUCUCAUCCUCAUCUUCCUCUCCCUCCCCUGGAAAGAAGAAAAAUCCAGACUCAAAACAGGAGAAGUAUCGGGAGCAGGUGCGAAUGAUGCUGAGCGAAAUUCAAUCCUCCCCCUCUUCCUCCUCCCGUCUCCCCGACCCCUCGGCUGACGAGGAAAACGAGCUCGCAGCCGACCGCAGCUCCACAUCGCUGCCAGAGAUUGCCGAGAAAGAGGAGGAGGAACACCAAAAGCCUCAGAUUCCUCAGAACACAAGUGAAGAAGGUGGAAAAGAGGACACGAGAGAAGUUUCGCCCAGUUUAGAGCCAAAUGAGAUUGUCUCGUACGAAGACGAACCGAGGGCACAUCGCCCGGACAACGACUCCUUCAAGAGGAGAGUGGGUGUGGUCAACCGGCCACAGGUGGUAGUGGUUGGAGGUGGGGCAGACUCCGCCCAUAUCACCGGAGCCGCAAAACCUCACAGUUCUAAAGACACACUUGGAGGUGGGGAUAAGGGGAGUGGUCAGCCAGACGAGGCCCCGCCCAGUGAGCCUCGGACUCGCCAGAAGAAGCCGCCGGUAAAGGAACUACAGAUAAAGCCAGUAGUAUCGAAACCCUCAGCCGCGGCUCAGAAACUGUUGGAGAGUAAGAGACAGCAGAAGAGGGCUGGUGAGGGAGGAGCAGGGGUUGACACAGAUGGUAACAGGGUGGAGUCAGGUGGACAGGUGGAGGGAAGGAAGGAGGAGGAGGAGGGGGAAACUCGAAAUGGAGACUCGGAGGAGAAAGAUACCAGUGGAGGCUCAAAGCUCGAGAGUCCAUCUCCCUGGGAUGAGCACAGCGAGGGCCUAGAAAAGGAUAUCUUGCUGACGAGGAAUGAGUACGUUCGUUGUGAACUGAGUCGUCUGCGGCAGCAGCUACUGAACAUGGAGAGGAGAGCCGUCGAGAUCGAGUCUGACGUCCGACAAGCCAUGUCCACCGGGAACAAGGAGGACGAGGAGACGAUGAUGCAGGAAUGGUUCACUCUCCUCAACGGCAAGAACGAGCUCAUCAAGAGACAGAUUGAGCUAAACCUCGUAGAGAGAGAAGAGGACUUGGAGAAGAAACAGUUCUUCAUCAACAGAGAACUGAGGCCGCUCAUGGCAAUACCAGACGAACAGAAGACUCCGCAGCAGAAGGUGAGGGUGGAUACUCUAGUCCAGGACCUACUGGGUAUAGUGGACGAGAGAGACAAGGUAGAGAGGAAGAAGAUGUCCAUUGCCAGCAAAAGCACUCAUCGCGAGAGGGACGGAUUUGCCUCUGACGACUCGGGGCUUCCACCGAACCAGCAAAGAAACGCCUCCCUAGACAGAACUGGGAGCAAAGACUGUGUCAUAUCUUGAUAACUCCUCCCCAUCUCUCUCUCUCUCUCUCUCUCUCCUUUCUCUCCCCUCUCCCUCUCACUCGCUCAGUCGAGUCAACGCAAAUUUGUCCAUUUAUCUCAGUGUUACAUUGUGACUCAUCCGUACAUAUUUUGAGUCACUCACAAAUUUACAAAGAAAUACAUGAUAUAUAGAUCACUCUGCAAACUGCUAACAUUAUGAUUCAAGUGAGUUGUGUGCUAAGAGGUGCUGCUCUCCGCUCAUGUGUUGCAGAACCCAGCUUGCUUGGAUGCUGGCUUUUUAAGACGGCUCUGCCCUUCGUCGUGAUUAAUCUGGGUCUAUAGGUGGAGGCAGGAGGUGGAUGGGUGUUCUUUUGCUGUGGGUUUCAGUUUACAGUGGCGGUAGACGAUCUCUAGACAUAGCCAUAUUGUAUCUCCUCCUCUCUCUCUCCUGCAAGAGGAGGUAGGCUGAUAGGGUGAAGAGACCCAGGGCACUGGCAGCGAAGGGAGUAUAGACCAUCACAUGUCUGUAAAACUCCUGACUGGAGGGAUCUGUUGUUGAUUGUGGAGCAAACUGCUGGAUGGUUUUGACUGUCACACCAUUCGACAAUCGGUCGCAAAACGCCACCCAUCCAUACACAAAGGCACUGCUACCCUUGUACUUGCCGACGACCUGUGAGAUCAUGGUGUAGGAGAGGACGAGGACUGUAGCCCCGCCCACUCCCAGCAGGACAAUGGCCAGGUAGACAUUGUCUCUGGCUGCGUUGAACACGACUUGUGGACUGACUUGUGAUGGCUCUUUCACCCAGAACCAGAUCCUGCGGAAGAUGUACACACCUUGAGGAUUUGACUGUUUGGGUUCCCCUUAAUAAUUGUUGGUAUACAUGAGCCUUUUGAUUCCGGGGCA